UGUGUUAUGGUGGCAAAAUUUUAAUAAGGAAAGUCUAAAUGAAAAGCAAUUUCUCUUUUAUUUCCCAAAACAGGUAUUACAAGUGGAUAAAUAAUGUGCACAGCUCUGAGUCCAAAGGUACGCGGUGGACCUGGCCUCUCUGAUAUGCAUCAGUACAGCCAAUGGUUGGCCAGCAGACAUGAAGCUAAUUUGCUACCGAUGAAAGAAGAUCUGGCCUUGUGGUUAACCAAUCUAUUAGGGAAGGAGAUAACAGCAGAAACUUUCAUGGAGAAGUUGGAUAAUGGGGCCUUACUCUGUCAACUUGCAGAAACUGUGCAGGAGAAAUUCAAAGAGAGCAUGGAUGCUAAUAAACCUGCAAAGAGUCUACCACUGAAGAAGAUUCCAUGCAAAGCCAGUGCACCCUCGGGCUCUUUUUUUGCUCGAGACAAUACAGCAAAUUUCCUGUCCUGGUGCCGAGAUUUGGGAGUGGAUGAAACAUGUCUAUUUGAAUCUGAAGGUUUGGUCCUCCACAAGCAACCAAGGGAAGUAUGUCUCUGUUUGUUAGAACUGGGACGAAUCGCUGCCAGGUAUGGUGUGGAGCCUCCCGGCUUGAUAAAAUUGGAAAAAGAGAUUGAGCAAGAAGAAACACUUUCUGCCCCUUCUCCUUCACCUUCGCCUUUGUCAAAGUCAUCUGGCAAAAAGAGUACAGGAAACCUACUGGAUGAUGCAGUGAAGCGAAUUUCUGAAGAUCCUCCUUGCAAAUGCCCAAACAAAUUCUGUGUGGAACGGCUCUCCCAAGGAAGAUACCGAGUGGGAGAAAAGAUCCUCUUCAUCAGGGGACUACAUAUCUGUAACUUCCUUGCAAAAACAAAACAAACAUUUCAGAUGCUGCACAACAAACAUGUUAUGGUCCGUGUGGGAGGAGGCUGGGAAACCUUCGCCGGAUAUUUGUUGAAACAUGACCCCUGCCGAAUGCUGCAGAUCUCCAGGGUGGAUGGCAAGACAUCCCCCAUCCAAAGUAAAUCUCCAACUCUGAAGGACAUGAACCCAGAUAAUUAUUUGGUGGUUUCUGCCAAUUAUAAGGCUAAAAAGGAGAUUAAGUGAAAAUAAUUGGUAACUUCAAGGGGACUCUCAUAAUGGCCUGUAUCCAUCCACUUCUCCAGUAGAGUCAGU